AUGACACUGGUCCUCCAGCUGAGCAGCAGAGGCAUCACUUCUCACCUUCUUCCUCUCCUUCUCUCUUGCCCAGUGGAGGACAUUAAGGGCCAGAAGCCCGGAGACCCUGAUCGAGGGCCAGACAAAGCUGGAGGGAGCAGGAGGAGGAGGAGAAGGGGGCUGCCCCUCUGUGGGGAGAACGGCACACUGCCCCAGCCCAUCCAGGAGCUGCUGGCUGUCCUGCACCAGGAAGGGCCAUCGACAGAGGGCAUAUUCCGGAGGGCUGCCAGCGGGACGGCGCUUCGGGAGCUGAGGGAGGCCCUGGAUGGCGGUGUGGACCUCGACCUGGGAAGCCAGCCUGUGCUCCUGCUGGCCGUCAUCUUGAAGGUGAGCGCGUCUGGCCUGCAGCUGGAAGAGCUCCUGGCUGGCCUGGAGUGUUCAGAGGCUCACCUGGAGCCCUUGGCACUGCAGGACUUCCUCCGAAGCAUCCCCAGUAAACUCCUUGUGACCAACCUCUACGCAGAGUGGAUGACGGCGAUGGAGAGGACAAGCAAGCAGGAGAAGGGAGGCCGACAAGUUGCCUGCAGCAAAUCUCCUCGUCCUCAAGCGGCUGCUGUCCCUGCUCCAGCAUAUCGACCACAACGUGUGCACCAGCAGGAUGAGCUGCAGCAGUCUGGCCAUCUGCGUUGGGGCAAAGCUGCUGAGCCCAGCCAACGAGGACCUGCUCCUGCUGGAGCUGCUGCUGGAGGUGACUGACAAGGUACGCUGUAUUUCCCGUCCGGCUGCAGCCUUCCCGGCCCACCAGAGCUUGGCCCUUCAGAGGUCCCUGGCUGCCUCCUCUCUUGUGCAAAUGCUGGUGGGGUGGCUGCCUGGAAGAGCAGACCUGCAGCAACAGCCUUCUGCGCAGAGGCAAGUGUCAGGUGUGGGAAAGGCUGCUUCACACGUUUUCAGGCACUUGCGCUGAAAGCAAGGCUUUCCUGUGUGCAGGUGAAUGUGCUAGUGGAGUUCCUGAUUGAAAACUGCAGGAAAAUCUUUGGGGAGGAGAUGGCUGGCCUUUCCAGUCCACCAGUCGAGGAGUUGCCAGCGCCCUUGGGCGGAUCCACAGAGCUGCCUUUGGAAGAGCAAUGUGGCCCUGCAGGCGAAGCAGACGUGGAGCACCAGGCAAAAGCCUUCCUGGACGCACCACCCUCUCUGCUCAUCCUCCAGAAAGCAGUAGGGGCAGACACAGGGAUGGGAUGGGAAACAGCAGAGGCACCUGUUGUUUUGCCUCCAGCCACCCCAGAGACCACAGUGGACUCCCUGGUAUGCACAGAAGAACUCAAGAGCCCUUCAGAGGAAAGCAGGUAAAAUGAGUCAGCUUUGGUUAAAUCCAGAACUGAUUCCAGUUGAUCCUGGCUUUACCUAUCUAAUCACACUGUGGGAUGGAAAGGUUUGCAGGCUCCCCCCAGGAAAAUGAAAACCGAAGAAAAAGAAAGAGAAAAGAGGCCUGGGCAGAGGAGAGGGAAUGCCAACAAGAAAAGGAAAGAAGGAAGAGAGAAAAAGAUGGGGACUGAAAGAAAGCAGGAAGGGCCAGAAGGUGAAGAAGCCCAGGUGUGUACCAGGCUCUGCUGCCCGUCUUUCCCAACUCUGAACACUGCUCUACAUCAGUCGAAGUCGCUGGCAAGGACGGCAAGGGACAGUGCUGCACAGGCUUUGGAAAUAACGCCGUGGCAGCUCCCCAGGGGCUCCCCAUCGAGCCCUGCUGCGUGGUAUUACCCAUGGGGAUAAGGGGCCAGAGCCAUCCUGUAGUCAAUGCCAGCAAUGGCUCUCUCUUCGGGGCUGAAAACAAAUCCUUGUCGACUGUGUUCCCCAAAGAAAGGGGAACCAAGUCAUGCCUGUUCCUGCCUUUGUGGGUUUAUCAGUGCUUUCUGACUCUAUCGUUGUAGGUGCCAGUUUCCGGGUACUGGCUGAACCACGGUGACUCCCAGGUUCCCGCGCUUCAUGUCCACAAUAAAAGGAUAUUUUCUCUUUUCUGACUGCGUCUGCUGUGUGAUCUUCUGGCUGAGGUAGAGUUUGUUUUGUGAUGAAUUGUAUUGGAGGAGUUUGGGAUCAUCCCUUGUCCCAGAAUCCUUUCCAGCAGGCAUCAGGGCUGAGUUCAGGGGCUUUAGGAGUAAAGCACAGAAUCACACAGAAUGGCUGAGGUUAGGAGGGACCUGUGGAGGUCAUCUGGUCCAACCCCUCCACUCAAGCAGGGUCACCUAGAGCAGGUUGCCCAGGACUAUGUCCCCUUGGGUUUUGAGUAUCUCCAAGGAUGGAGAGCCCACAACCUCCCUGGGCAUCCCGUGCCAGCGUUUGUCCCCUCUGACAGCAAAGUUGUUUUCUCAUGUGCAGCUGGCAUAUCAUGUGCUUUAAUUUGCGCCUGUUGCUUCGGGUACUCUCAGUGCACACUCCUGAGAAGAGCCUGGCUCCCUCAUCUUCCUUCCCUCCCAGAAGCUUUUUAUACACAUUGACAAUACACCUCCCCUCCCCUCCAGUCUUCUCUUCCCCCAGCUGGAGAGCGCCAGCUCUCUCAGCCUCUCCUCACAUGGCAACAAGAAGGAGAAUUUCCACCGGUCCUCUUUUGGACACUUUCGGAAGGCCUCCCUCCCUCUCAGAUAAGAAAUUUGAGCCAUUAAUCUACAUCUAGGUUUCCUCAUCAGCUGUGCAAUUGCAGUUUGAUGUGGUGGUGCAGAAACAAAAGUGGAAGGAGCUACCAUCUGUCACCUACCAUGAAGGUCAGCUGUAGCGGAGAGGAUGCGUUCGUUGAUUUGCUACCUCUGUAACAGCAAGCCCAUGCUCAAUUGGGAAUUCAACUGCAGGUUCCUCCUCUCAUCCCAGCCAGGUCCCUUAGUGGUCCCUUGGCUUUCCUGGCUGCUCUGCUGGUUCCCUACUGGCACAAACCAGAGAGGAAACCGUGCAGUGCUCAGCUCUUCAAGGGCUGACAUAACGAGUAAAAGGGGCAAAACUUUUCUCUCUUGUUGCCCGAGCUGAGGAGGAUAUGUUUUUAGUGACACCAAAGGCUUUUGUGACUCUGUCAUGUUUUUCUUCUUU